AUGCGCCUCCUACAUUUGACCCCCAUUCUGUGCAUGCUCGGAUCUACCCAGGCCCUAUCAUUGGGCCAACGCUGCCUCGAAGCACUUGAUACCAUGAGCACCGUACCCAGCCGAUACAUCGCAACUAUCGAACAAGAGACUUGCAGUUGGGGCUGCAAACCUCGGCCGGCAGAAUGGGAUGCCGUAUUUGAAGGGGUCAUCAAAAAGGUUGUUCAGGAUGGGGCGCAAUAUACCGGAAUUGAUGACCCGAAGGGGCAGGCUGCCUUCGAAAACUACCUGAAUGACGUCUUCCAGAAUGUCAACAAAAAAUGCGGGGAUCGCCUAGGCGAUGAUCACCUUUGCAACGAUUCUCCACAAACGGCGGCACUGAAGCAAUGCGUCGACGAUAACGCCAAAUGGGCUGCGACGACAGCGGUCCUGCCGCUGGUGGGCUAUUUGUCGGAAGACCGGUGCGAGAAGGUAUCGGAUUACUUCAAAAGUGAGCAGCUUUGGAACAAGGAUUUGCCGACCAGGGCUCAGGUUUAUGUCCAGAGCUGUUAG